AUGUUUCCAACUCCCGAAGUGCGACUGGUACAUUACGAAAAAGUGUAUGAGCCAUCUGAAGACUCAUUUUUACUUUUAGAUUGUUUUGAAGAGGAAAAACCAUAUCUCAGUACUAAGUUUACAGACAAGACGUCAUCUCCAGUUGUGGUAGAAAUAGGUACUGGAUCAGGAAUAGUCACAACUUUUAUACAGCAAAAUAUUCUCCCACAAGGGAUAUAUAUUGCUACUGAUGUGAACCCACAUGCAUGUAGGGCAGUUUUAGACACUGCCAAGGUUAACGCGGCCCACUCCAUAGAUACAUGUCAAAUGAGUUUAACAAGUGCCAUUAGAGGAAACUCUGUAGACGUUCUAGUGUUCAAUCCACCAUAUGUUCCUGCAGAUGACGUACCUGCUAUCCCCACAACGGAAGAUGAUGAGACUUGGUUAGACUUGGCUCUUUGUGGUGGACCAGAAGGUAUGGACGUGACUUGGAAAGUGUUGGAUGAGCUCGAUUCAACUCUUUCUCAACAAGGUGCCGCAUACAUACUUUUCUGUGCAAGAAAUAAGCCUGACGAAGUGCAAGAGAAGAUGAGAGCUCGUGGAUGGGUUGUUACAGAAGUAUUGAAGAGGAAAGCUGGUUGGGAAGUAUUAAGCAUAUUAAGGAUCACUAGACAGUAG